AUGAUCACUUCUCGCUGGGAGGAUGUGAUUGGUGAACAGGGCAGAGAUGUAGUCUUAGUCGUGCAUUCGUACGGCGGCAUAUCCGGAAGUGCUGCCGCUGGGCCUUUCGUACGAUCCGUGAGGGAGAAGCAGGGAAAUGAUGGCAGUGUAGUUGCGAUACUGUCCAUGACUUCGCUAGCGAUUCCAAAAGACACUUUCUAUGCUGCGGGCGACCAGGGGGAAGCAUGCGUCGUUUGUGAUGGAGAAUUUGCCUAG